AUCGCAUCAGCUUCAACGCUCUCAUCUCUGCCUGUGAAAAGUCGGCCAUGUGGGCCAUCGCUUUGCAACUCCUGGAAGAUUUCCGGUUGAUGGGAGGACGUUGUGAUGAGUUCACCUGCAGCGCUGCCAUCAGCGCCUGUGAGAAAGGCUUUCAAUGGCCUUUGGCACUGGAUCUCCUUUGGCAAAUGGAGAAGUUGGCCCUUCAGAUGGAUGCCAUUGCCUACAACGCGGCCAUCAGUGCCUGUGAGAAGGGCUUCCAAUGGAGGAAGGCCCUGCAUCUACUGAGCCUCAUGAAGCAACGAGGUAGCAUCAUCACCUAUGCAGCUCUGAUCACAGCCUGUGGGAAAUGUGAAGAAUGGCGACAGGUCCAGGCCUUGUUGGAUGAGCUGCAGAGCUGUCAGAUGGAAGCGAAUUCGAUCACCUGCAACGCCGUGAUCAGCGCCUACCGCAAGGCGGAAGAGUGGCAGCUGGCCCUGGCUUUCUUUCAGAAUCUGCAAGAGACCUUUGCACCCGUGGACGUCCUCACCUACGCCGCCGCCGCGGACGCCUGUGCUUUGGGCCGCAUGGCGGCGCCCUUGACGGAGCUGCUGGAAGUGCUGCCGCGAAGGGCGUUGAGCAAUCUGCAGAAUCUGCGAAAAGGCUACAGCGACCUGGUGAACGGGCAUGGACCUCGUACCAGUGGAAUCCAACGAUGUGGGAAGGGUACCCAGAUACCAAAGGACUCCGUGCGUGAAGCACUGGGAUGCUGGCUUCAAAGUUCCACUGCCAUCAAGAAUGUGACCUUCGAUGGUGUGGUCAGCGGGCCUGUGAGGUGCCCCGGGGACGUCGAUGAGAUUGCGGUGGAGACGGUGGUGGACGAGGUGAAGAGUGGAAAAGUGGGAAAGGUGGUCGAGACCUUAAAUAGCAGCACCGGAGCGAGCUUCCCCUGGUGGGCCUGGGUGUUGAUCGGCUUGGGCAUCGCUUUUUGCGGCCUGUGCAUCUUGUCCUUCAUUUGCUGCAGCACCAGAAAGAAGUCUUCCAAGCGCUCUCAGAAGGUGUCUGCCAAGAAGGACGUUGAAGCAGCGGCACCAGCUGAAUCGGCCCCAUUGAUGACAGCGGCUCCGCAGGUCGCUGCUCCGGCGGGCUCUAUCCGAUCAAUGGGUGCUGCACCAGUCGCUUCUGGCUACGCUGGAUCUGGGGUCUACGGCGGAUCUCCGGUCUACACCGGCGCGCAGUACCAGUACCAGCCGGCACCAAUGACCUAUGCACAGGCGGCUCCAGUGGCCACUGGACCACAGGACUUGUUUACUCAGUUGGACACCAACGGUGACGGCGUGCUCUCCCCACAAGAGAUGGCAGCCAUGCAGGCUGGCCUCAUGCGACCUGCAGUGCCUGCCGUGCCAGCAGGCCAUGAAAUCUUGCUGCUCUGUGAAGAUCCCGGAGCUUCACCCAAGUGCCUCAAUGAGCGUCGAGGUGGUGCAAACACCCAUCUCACCACAGUCGAAGGAAAGGAUUCGUGGAUCAAUGAACUUUUGAGCCGCGUUUGGGAGUUGUGUGACCUGCACACCGGGAGAGCCAGAACUGGUUCGCCGAUGCAGACAGCUCCCAGCGUGCAGGCUCUCAUGGCGCCAAAAAGGAGGGCCGCGGUUCACUACCCAGUUUUGUCAUGCCAACAAAGCAAGGCUGACUGCAAGGACAAAGACAAGGAGAAGGACAGGGACAAGGACCGGGAUCGGGAUCGCCGUGGCAAUCGAGAUCGAAGCCGUGACAAGGACAAGGACCGGAAGCGAGAUAAAGAACGAGAUAAAGACCGGGACAAAGACCGAGAUAAAGACCGUGAGAAGACCAAGGACAAAGACAAGAAGGACAAAGAGAAGGACAGAGAAAGAGAAAGAGAGAAAGAGAAGCAACGAGAGAUGGAGGAGCAGGCAGAAAAGGCCAAGGCGGAGGCUGAAGCAAAAGCAGCUGAGGCAGAGAAGCCACCUUCACGGAGCUGCAGCAGAGAAAGCCGUGAUAGCACAGACAUGCCCAAACGGCCAGAGGGUCAUCAGGCAUCUCCCUCGCCUGAGCGGAAGCCGGUGCCCAUGAGCGGUGUGGCGAUUGCCCCACCAGACGAUGAUGAUGAAGUGCACGAUGGCAUCAGCUGCUCUGGGUGUCACAUGUCACCAAUUAGAGGCGAUCGCUUCAAAUGUUCUGUCUGUGAGUCCUUUGACUUGUGCGAGACGUGCUAUGACAAGAAGUCGCAGAUCCAUCCAGACCACCGUUUCUUUAAGAAGAAGUUCGUGAAAGGAGAGGCAAAGACACCUGCCAAAGCACCAGAGCCAGCACAGGCUGCAGCACCUGCACCUGCGGCACCUGCGGCAGCGUCCCCCAUGGCUAUGCAGGGGAUGGCCAUGCCUGGAAUGCCCAACAUGCAGCAAAUGCCAAAUCUUCAGCAGAUGCAGCAAAUGAUGCAGCAGAUGGGCAUGAUGGGCAUGAUGCCAGGAAUGAUGCCAGGAAUGGCAAUGCCCGGCAUGCCGCAAAGCACAGCCCAAUCACCACCAGCAGGGCAAGCAAAAACUCCCGAACAGACUGCACAAGCAGCACAGGCUGCUCAAGCAGCGCAAGCAGCACAGGCUGCACAAGCAGCACAGGCUGCUCAAGCAGCGCAAGCAGCACAGGCUGCACAAGCAGCACAGGCUGCUCAAGCAGCGCAAGCAGCACAGGCUGCACAAGCAGCCCAAGCUGCUCAAGCAGCGCAAGCAGCCCAAGCUGCUCAAGCAGCACAAGCCGCACAGGCUGCACAAGCAGCACAAGCUGCGCAAGCAGCACAGGCCCGUCAACCAGAGAAGCCGAAGCCAGAGGAGUGGCCUGCCUGGCUGAAGCUGGGAGCUCCAUGCAGCAUUUGUGGUGAUGCUGGCAAAUCCCAAGCUGAAGCACACGGCGUGAUUUGCAGAAGAAAGCGGAAGAACGCCAUUGGUGGCUGCAGCAAAGGGGUUUGUUGGGUUUGCAUGGAGAAGCAGCCACGGUCGUCCUUUGGAAUGGACCAAGGAGGAGUUUGA